UGCCCUGUCUGAGCAAGGUAGGUGCCGGAUGGGCUCUGGCACCAGGCCUGGGGGUCGCGCUGCCCCUCGAAUUUCCCGGCCUCAGGGGAGGGGCCGAAAGGGGUUGGAGGGGCUGCGUGAGUUGGGACGAGGUGUUGGGGUGACUGCUCAGUGUGGGCUGGUGAGACCCCUGGGGGCCAGAGAUUCGCCCCCUAGACUCCUCCGGCCCUUCCCCCUCCUCUGCCGCCUGCCGCGGCUGAAAUCCCACCAUUAGUGCUCGUUAAUCCCACCCAUCUCUGAGCCUGCUGAUCCGGGGCCAUCCAGGCCGGUUCCUGAGAGCCCCUCGAGGCUUCUCUGCCAGAUGGAGCGGGUGGUCGUGAGCAUGCAGGACCCCGUGGGCGUGAAGAUGCGGAGCCAACGCCUGCUUAUCACCGUCAUUCCGCACGUGGUGACCGGUAACGACAUCGUGGAGUAGCUGAUCCAGAAGUACUCCAUCUCCGAGGAGGGUGAGGGGUCCCUGCACUUGAUCACCCUCCUGGUGCGGCACAGCUACAUAUACCCUCUGCAGUAACCAUGCAGCCUCUUACUACAGUCAGAUGAGACCCCCUACAGGUUCCAGAGGCUGUAUUUCUGGACAAGCACUCUGUGGCCAGCAGCUGAGCUGGACUGUGCCAUUUACCUGGCCAAGAAGAACAUCAGAAAGCAGGGAGCUCUGGCUGACCAAUGAGAAGCUCCCCAGGACCACUGUGACCAGCUGCACAAGAAAAUCAACCACAUGUGAGACCUGGUAUUGAUGCAGGCCAGGGAACAACUGCGGGUGGCCAAGCAGUGCCAGAAGGGGGACAGGCUGGUCAUCGCCUGCCAGGAGCAUACCUACUGGCUGGUGAACAGGCCUCUGGUGAGCCCCCCUGUGCCCACCGAGGUAGUGGGGGCUCUGGAGCUGCCCGUCACCCUCCAGACCUCAGGGCGGCUGUGGCCCUGGCACCCCCCCAGGAACCUGAAGUUCAGCAGCCAGGAUAGGCUUCACAACCCCACCAUGUCGGGGUGCCUGCCCAGCAACCCCUGGAUCACAGAUGACACUGCCUACUGGGCCAUGAACGCGCACACGUAAGCUGGGGACG